CCUUUUGCUGAUCACUUCCUCCGGGCAGAGGUGAACAAAAUGGCCGCCUCUACACGGGAGCUAACAUGUCUGUGUCAAUGUUAAAAACGUUUAAAUUAACCGGUGACGUUUAGCGCUUUAAUAACCUGCACCUUGUUCCCGCUUAUCGCCGCGUCGCCAUGUUCCCGGUGCUCGGCGGCAGGAGCGUCCAGGUGACCCGGCUCCUCGCACCCAGGGGCGCCGUGCUCGUGGCGGCCGUCCGCGGCAGAAAGUCCCGCAACGACCCGGUGGCCAAGUCCAAGGUGGGCCGCGUGAAGCUGCCUCCGCCCGUGGACCCGCUGGAGAUGGUGGUGAUGAAGGAGCGGUUCUCCGAGUACCAGCUGAUCAUGAGGGCGCUGCGGCUGGAGUUUAAGGAGGAGAUGCUGCGAAAGAAGUACGAGGAGGAGACGGGCUCUCGGGCGGAGGAGAGGGCGAGGCAGGAGGCGGAGGAGCAUGGCGCCCUCAUGGCCUGGAACAACCAGGAGAACCUCCGUUUGCUCAACGUCAGAGUCAUGAGGAUCCAGAAGGAAAAGGAGGAAGCUGAGCACAAGAAGUUAGAAGCUGCCGUGAAGCAGGAACAAGAACACCAAGAAUUCAUCAAAGUAAAAGAGAGGGAGGUUCUGCAGUUGCAGGAGGAUGCAAAGAACUUCAUCAACUUGGAGAACUUGGAUCAGCGAAUCGAAGAAGCUCUGGAUAAUCCAAAGAACUACAACUUUGCCAUUGACAAAGAAGGCAGAGUUGUUAAACAGACGGUGCUGCAGUGAAGCGACAGACCAACCUGUCUCAGAAGAAAACGACAGACGGAUGCCUGCUCUGUCUAAUGUGGGGAUUUUCAGUCUAAUCCAACUGGAAGUGAAUUUUGUCCGGACAAAAAAAAACAUUCGGGCUGAGAAAGCUGUUGUACCUGUUAACUCAGUAUUUCAGAAUCUUUCAUCAGCAGGUAUCUGCAUUAGAUUGUGAUUUCAAGUAGUUAUGGUUGAUGGACAGGUGUCACGUCAUCAGAAAAGUUUGAGAUUGGAGUCGAUUUAGCUUCUGACAGGAGGAGAAGACAUCUCCAACUUUAACAGGAAGCUCCUGUUGAGUGAUGAUCGCCUUUACUUUCCACACGUCUGUUUUAUAACCUUUAUCUGAGUCGUGUACCUUCACCAGAACAUGUUUGUUUCAUCAUUACUGUCUGUUCAUGAUAUAUAAUGUAUACAUAAAGUAACUUCAUGUCUA